AUGCUAGGAUUCUCAGCUAAUGAUGCUGGAGGACACGACGCAGUUCACGCAAUAUGGCACCACUUACAAGAAAUCGAGGAUGCACGGAGGGACACCUCCAGCUCAUACCAGCCACGGGGACUAAUAGGAAGUGCAUGGGACUACGCCAAGAUUGUUUUUCGACUUUUAUUCAUGAACAGCCCCUCUAGAGAUCAUGCCUUGUCCGAUAGACAACCUUCAGCGGUAAGCGGUGACUUGGCUCGAAGCAUCAACAUCCUUAAGCAUGCCGCCGCGCUCGACGACUCAGACGCGAUAUUUCUGCUGGCUGAAAUGAGCUUCUACGGAAAUUUCUCUCAUCCACGAGACUAUCCGCAGGCCUUCGACUACUACUAUAAACUUGCAUCUUCAACCGGCAACAAUACAGCUCAAUACAUGCUAGGGUUCAUGCACGCAACUGGCGUUGGUGGAGCGGUAAAGCGUGACCAAGCCCAAGCCUUGCUUUAUCAUACUUUCGCAGCCGAGCAGGGAAACAUCCGAUCCGAGAUGACAGUUGGUUAUCGCCACCAUUCAGGCAUUGGUACAGCAAGGAAUUGCGACAAGGCCGCUCAUUUUUACAAGAAAGUUGCAGACAAGGCAAUGGCAUACUGGAGGUCAGGACCGCCAGGUGGUCGAAACCUGGUAAAGGAAGCCUAUCGCUGGGCUGAUGAGGCUGGUGGCGUCUAUGGUGAAGGUGCUAGCGUGUCUAGUUCUGGACUCAAUGCCAAUCGAGAUAGAAGCAGUCAUGCCAGCACGGAUGAUAUCAUGGAAUACCUCGACAUGAUGGCAAGGAAAGGGGAUUUGAAAGCAACCUUCAGUCUGGCAAAGAUGUACUACGAGAACAGGAACUCGAGACACAACGUCAGAAAAGCACAACGACUCUUCAUCAAGAUCACCAAGCAGUAUUGGGAUAAGCAGGGCAAAAUCAUUUCUAGCGGACCAAAAGGAAUUGAUAGGAUUGCUGCAAAAGCCGCUGCAUAUAUUGGCCGGAUGUAUCUCCGUGGCGAAGGUUGGGAGCAGAAUUAUGAAAAAGCUGCUACCUGGUUCCGACGAGGCAUUGCCAACGGAGACCCUCUGUGUCAGUACUUGAUGGGGGUUAUGUAUCGUGAUGGUCUCGGUGUUCCAAAGGACUCACUCAAGGCUGCCUCGUUCUUCAGAGUUGCAGCCGAUGAAGAUAUUGCAGCGGCACAGUCGAACCUCGGCAUACUAUUCCUUGACCAAGGAGAGCUGGAGACUGCUGGCCAAUAUUUUGAGCUUGCAGUGCGUCAUGGUCAUUUAGAAGCAUUCUACUAUCUCGCCGAGCUGGCCAAUAAAGGUAUCGGUCGAGAAAGACACUGUGGCAUGGCAACAACAUAUUACAAGAUUGUGGCUGAAAGUGUCGAAGAGAUUCACUCUUCCCUUGGUGAAGCAAAUCAAGCAUUCGAGAGAGGAGACUUGGAGACUGCUCUGGUAGCAUCGAUGAUGGCAGCAGAGCAGGGCUCCGAGGCAGCGCAGGCCAACGCAGCUUAUUUGACUGACGUGCAAACUUCAGUGCUCAACGUACCAACCAUAUCCAUCUUUAGUUCCACACUAAAUCGACCAGCUUCAGCUGUUCGGGAUGCCGCACUUGCACUCAUCUACUGGACCCGUUCUGCCAAGCAAGCAAAUAUCGACUCACUGUUAAAAGCGGGUGAUUACUAUCUCUCAGGCUUCGGAACUUCAAAUCCAGAUCUCGAAAAGGCAAGUACAUGUUAUCAUACUGCCGCAGAGAUACACCAUUCCGCCCAGGCACUCUGGAAUUUUGGUUGGAUGCAUGAAAACGGCUUGGCCGUUGAGCAAGAUUUUCACAUGGCGAAACGAUAUUAUGACUUGGCUCUAGAGACCAACUCAGAAGCCUAUCUGCCCGUCAAGCUGGCCUUAAUCAAGCUCCGUGCACGAAGCUUCUGGAAUACCCUCACAGGAGGAAAGGUCAACAGCAUCCAAGCCGAGCCGGCAGAAACCAAGAAAUCUCGCACGUUAUCCGAGUGGGUCGCGCACUUUCUGGAGUAUGCGGAUGAGGAGUUAGAGGAAGGAGCUGAAGGUACCAGACUGGAUGAUUUGGAGCUCGAAUCAGCCGCCUUUGGUAACGACGCCAUGCCAGGAGGCGACGAAUCGUAUUAUGAGGAAGUUGAUGACGGGUUGCUGGAAACACUCAUCAUUAUCGGUAUCGCCGCUACCCUCGCAUUUUUGGUGUACUACCGUCAACAGCGCCAAUUGCAGCAGAGAAGAGCGGUACAGGGUGGGAGGAUUGCACAGAAUGUUCCUGGUGCUGUGGCUGCUGCGGCGGCUGCUCCGGGCCAGGCGGCUGUACCGCUGCCUACAGGUGCACCACAAUCACAGCAGCAAGAGCAAGAGCAGCAGCAGCAGCAAGGUGUGAUGGAAGGAGAUGAUGGUGGCUUCUUCCCAAACCCUGGGGAUCCAGAUUAUGCUGCUUGGGCUGCUGGGGGUGUCGGUCACUAG